GGUCCGGCCAUGGCGAUGCUGCUGGACGGAGGCCCGCAGUUCCCCGCGCUGGGAGUCGGGGGCUUCGGGGCGCCGCCGCGCCACCACGAGAUGAGCAACCGGGAGGCGUCCGGGAUGGGGCUGGGCUCCCCGUUCGGGGAGUCCCCGCACGCGGCCGCCUUCAAGCUGAGCGCCGUGGCGGCGGCGGCGGCUCACGACCUCUCCUCGGGCCAGAGCUCCGCCUUCACCCCGCAGCCGGGCCCGGGCUACGCCAACGCGCUGGGCCACCACCACCACCACCACCACCACCACCACCACCACGCCGGGCAGGUGGCCUCCUACGGGGGCGCGGCGGCGGCGGCCGCCUUCAACUCCACGCGGGACUUUCUGUUCCGCCAGCGGGGCUCGGGGCUGGGGGAGGCGGGCGCCGGGCAACACGGGCUGUUCGCCGGCUCGGCAACGGGGGCGGCGGCGGCGGGAGGCCUGCACGGGCCCCCGGGCCUCGCGGACCCGCCCGGUUACCUGCUGUUCCCGGGCCUGCACGAACAGAGCCCGACCCACCCGUCUCCCACGGGGCCCGGGGACAACAGCCAGAUGCACCUGGGGCUGUUCGGCCGGCCGGACCCGUUCCGGGCCGUGGCCAGCCCCCGGACGGACCCCUACACCGCCGCCGCCAGCACCGCUCAGUUCCCCGGUUACAACCCCGUGAACAUGAACGUGGGCAUGAACGUGUCCGCCCACCACGGGCCCGGCGCCUUCUUCCGCUACAUGCGGCAGCCCAUCAAGCAAGAGCUGUCCUGCAAGUGGGUGGACGACGGCCAGCUCGGCCGGCCCAAGAAGAGCUGCGACCGGACCUUCGGCACCAUGCACGAGCUGGUCACCCACGUCACCAUGGAGCACGUCGGGGGGCCCGAGCAGAACAACCACAUCUGCUACUGGGAGGACUGUCCCCGCGAGGGGAAGUCCUUCAAGGCCAAGUACAAACUGGUCAACCACAUCCGCGUCCACACGGGCGAGAAGCCCUUCCCCUGCCCCUUCCCGGGCUGCGGCAAGAUCUUCGCCCGCUCCGAAAACCUCAAGAUCCACAAAAGGACGCACACGGGUGAGAAGCCUUUUAAAUGUGAGUUUGAAGGCUGUGAUAGACGCUUUGCAAAUAGUAGUGACAGAAAGAAGCAUAUGCAUGUGCAUACAUCAGACAAGCCAUAUAUCUGUAAAGUGUGUGACAAGUCUUACACGCACCCCAGCUCUCUUAGGAAACACAUGAAGGUUCAUGAAUCUCAAGGGUCAGAUUCUUCCCCUGCUGCCAGUUCAGGCUAUGAAUCUUCCACUCCACCCGCAAUAGCUUCUGCAAACAGUAAAGAUUCCACUAAAACCCCUCCUUCCGCAGUUCAGACUAACACCAGCCACAACCCCGGACUUCCACCCAAUUUUAACGAAUGGUACGUCUGAGGAUAAAAACACACAAACAAAGCAAAAAAAAAAAAACCAACAACUUAAUUAUAGAGCGGACCAAAUGAUUUUUUUUUGUAAAGAGAAAACUGAAAACAGUCAAACGGAAAUGGAGUUUUUACGCAAGCAACGCAUAGGGCUACGUCUUGUCAAUUGCAAUUACCAGAAAGGCGGUUUUUUUGUUUUUUGUGUUUUGUUUUUUUUUGGUUUGGUUUUUGUUUUUCCCCAUUUGGGCAAGAUCCAGCCUCUGAAGCAACCAGGCCCUUUUCUCAGGAUUAGAAAACAUGUUUUGGCAUUCGAAGGAAUUUCUUUUAUUUUCUCUGCUCCCCCUCCCCCUUCUCUUCCCUCCUCCCUACCCCUUCAUUUUAACACUGUUGUCCUGUUUCGCGAGACGAAAGUUAAAGAAGGCUUUUCGGUGAUAUUAAAAUGAUGGGAAUUCUCCUUCGCCUUAGUGGUGAUUGUUAAACUCUCACAGUCUUAAACCGUGCCAAAGUCCUGUUAUGUCUUGAACUUUUUCUCAAAGCAUUACACUUGUGAAUGUAUUCUUGUCUAAUGGGGUCGAAACUGUUGUUCAGUAUUUUUCCAGGAUGAGGAUGUGGUGUUACUCUACACAGAUUGUGACCGUUUAGUAUACAGUUGCCUUUUGUAAUAACUUUUUUUUUUGUAAAUACAUAUCCAUGAUGCCAUAUUUAUCGUUUGUAAUUUAAUUAUUGAUACAAGUGCCGGGAACUGAACAAUAUUUAUGGAAAAAAAGUUUUCUAACAAACUCUGUACAGCUUUUGGUUAUAACUGCUUUAGCAUUAAAAGUUUAUUGUUUUGGAAGAACAAC